AUCGCCAGGCAGCUAUAAAUUACUGUGUACGGCUCUGAGAUGCCAAUAUUAAGUUGUGAACCGAGAUUGGUGGCGGUGAGAUCUGUUUUGUGGGAUAUACACGUGGUGCUAUUUUAACUUGUCAGUAUGAAGCCGGCUAAUGUUUGUAGUUACUACCACGGAUUGUGUUUACUGUUGACGGUCUUGUAUCCUGUUUAUUCAUCUGCCGUCGUCCUCAGUUUUCCCGGUCGUGGAUCCUUGGCAUUGAAACACUUCAAGCUGAAAUGCGGACUACAAUGUCCAUACGGUUACGACACGGACGUGGAGGGAGGGCCUAUCUGUAAAUGUCAGAACCCAUGUAGGAACGUCUUUUGCUUUGAGGGAACGGUAUGUGUCAUAAAAAAAGCCAAAAACUGUCGCGGAGGACACUGUAACCAUGAGGCUGCGUGUGAAGAUGACAAAUCUGCCACAAGUGGUUUGUCUAACACCAUGGCACACAAUAUGGGAUUGUCAGCCAUUACCAAUGAGGUGUUCAAUAUCGACGGAUUACAGCAAGAUUCCAGUACCUCCAUCAGCGGCACUGGUACUGCUGACGUCAUAGAUAUAUGUGUAGAUCAACCUCCACCGGAAGCGUGGAAGUGUGACCGGAAGGAGAAAAGAUACUAUUUUAACAGUAACAAGGGGAUGUGCCUGAGGUUCCGUGGAUGCCAAACUCCAGGAAAUAACUUCAGACGUCGGAAAGAUUGCAAAAGGACAUGCAUUUCAUCGAAAUCGAAAAAAGGAAAUUUUGCCAACCUCAACCGCAUACCCUCCAGAGAAACCAGUAACGAGACCAACAUAUGCCUUCUCGCAUUAGAAGACUCCAGCCGAUGCAGAGGCAGGACCGUUAUGAGGUGGCAUUUCAGUCUUGAAAAGGGCUCGUGCGUAAGGGUCAAGGCUUGCAAGUCCUCUUUCGGUAACUACUUCCGGAAACGCAGACAUUGCAAGAGACAGUGCAUGAGGAAAAGUCGGAGUGUUAGUAGGAGACGAAAAAACAAGAAGAGAUCGAAGAGCCGGAGGAGAGGCAUUGUUAGAAAAGAGUUUAAUGGCUAGUUUUCGAGUGGUUCCUCAUAGGAAAACCUCUGAUCUCAAGGAAGUGGCGCCGUCCUGUCAACACGGUCCCAUAUGACCUGAAUGGAUGCCCGCGCAUCAGGCUCGUCCUGACCACUCCAGUUUCGCAUCAUUGUCUCACCACUGAUCGUGUCAAUAUGAGCACGCGGGCAGAAUACUCCUAUUCCAUUGCUGAUUUGGUCAUUUUCAUAUACAUUCUCUCUCUCAAAUAUCAUUUCAGACCAAUCCUGUUGACCUCGAUCUGUAGUUUCCUCUUUCGAGGUAAUGUAAUGUCCCAACGAUUCCCAAAGUGCGCAUUUACAAAGGCAGAACGUAGACAUAGGUGUGGAACAAAUGUGGACGAUGUGUGGAGUAACUGUUCCCAUAAGAGAGAGUACGUCGCUGUGCGAUAAAACACUGCCUCAAUACAUUCUGGAACGCCCGAGAGGAGUUCCAAAAUAUUUCACGUUUAGAGCUUAUUAAAGCAAGACGAACGUCCUGAUGACGUCAUGUAACCGACACUGGAUCCGACUGGAUUCAAAGAUAAUUGAAUAUUUGGGCAAUGAGAAUUACGAUGACCCUAUCCACCUCACCCAACGUUAAGCGUUGGUCUGGACCAGUUUUCGUGGGAUUAAGGGUUGCAUGCUCGUAGAUGAAUCCUAACAUUCCAUUUGGUACGGAUCGUUCUGAAGUACCUGGAGAAAUCAGAAACAGACUAUAACAUCCUCGAUUGGUGAGAAUGGAAUACUAGGACUACGAUGUGAACGGUGAUCUUAUUUUGUUGUUAUUUAUGGUUAUUUUGUCUUUACUGAUUUUAUUUUUAUAAAUCGCAAAUAAAAACAUUAAAAACACGAUU